AUGCAGUUCAGUGAAGAUACGGCUAACAAUACUGACGACGUCACUGACGAUAAUGACAUCUGCAGAAGAAAAGUACAAAGUACCAGGGAAGCUCUGUAUCCCCAUUUCAAAGAUCAUGGUGCCUUUAGAUACGAUUUGAUUGACGAACACCCUGACAUUAGAAAGGCCAUACAACUAUCCCUGAGAGAAUCCACAGGGGGACAUGGGACUCAACUACACGCUGCCAAACGAGCUAGCCCACUAGAAUCCCAAGGCAGAUUGAAUAAGGAUGCCGGCGAAGGCAGUAGCACGGGCGUCCGAAAGCGAUGA